AACCGAGUCAGAGCAACAAUGCCCGAUACAGUGAAAGCGCCCAAGAAAGGCUCCAAGAAAGCCGUGUCUAAGGUCACCAAGACCGGCAAGAAGAAGAGAAAGACCAGGAAGGAGAGCUACGCCAUCUACGUGUACAAGGUGCUGAAGCAGGUCCACCCUGAUACCGGCAUUUCCUCCAAGGCUAUGGGCAUCAUGAACUCCUUUGUGAGCGACAUCUUUGAGCGCAUCGCCGGUGAGUCCUCCCGUCUGGCUCACUACAACAAGCGCUCCACCAUCACCUCCAGGGAGAUCCAGACCGCCGUCCGCCUGCUGCUGCCCGGUGAGCUGGCCAAGCACGCUGUGUCUGAGGGAACAAAGGCUGUGACCAAGUACACCAGCUCCAAGUAAACCUGCUGUUACAACCAACAACACAAAGGUCCUUUUCAGGGCCACACACUGCUUCUACUGAGAGCUAAUGUCCUACAUUGUACAUUAACGUGAUUCAUUUAACCCUUGUGUAAUGUUCAUAUUGUUGUUACUCAGCCAGUGUUUGUGGGUCUGAUGGACCCGUUGCAUUUUGUGGCUUUUAAUGCCUCACAAUCAAACACUUUUGUUA